ACACAGUUGUAGAAGCUGGAAUGUCCCAAAUCCAUGGGUCAGGAUAGAGACUUCUCCUGAUUCAUGUAGCCACAGGGGCUGGCUGGCCUCUGGAAGGUCAGAGACAGGGCUGUUGCUCACAGGCUGUGAAGAUCAGUGAGUCCCAAUAUUCAGGCAGAACUGCAUCUAAGCUGCUAGCUCACAUCCCAAGUACCAGAGAUCAGAUGAACAAGAGCCAGCUGCAGGAUCCAGAGAGAGCAAAAUCUCACAAGCCUUGCCAGAAUGUCCACUUAUAUUUGAUGCUGGCCACAUGCCCAAGGAAACUCCCUUUCAAGUCACUGGUGACUCACAGCAGAUUUCAUCAUGGAGGUGAUCACAUUAUAUUAAAUCUCAUCAUAGAAGUGAUCACAACAUCAUAUGACUGCCAAAAUACCUCAUAACUGCCAAACCACUGAGAAUCAUGGCCCAGCCAAGUUGACACGCAACCUUCACCAUCACAGAUGGUGAGACUUUGUCUCACCUACUUUGGACAUGGUAUCAAGAGGGAUCAGUACCUGGAGAAGGAUAUCAUGUUUGGUAAAGUAGAAGGGCUUUGUACAGGAAAUCUAUUGCUCUGUCAAGUUCCAGAGAAGAGCCAGCUUAGUAACCAGGCUACAGCACAGAGAGUGAAAGGAAGGGGCCAGGAGGAAGGAGUGGCCGCUGCUGACGGCCCACGAGGACCCAGCACAGACAAGCAGGAGUCACCAGAGACAGCCUCACCAUGUCCACAGCUCCUUCUCCACCUGUGUGGAGGGCAAGUGCUGAGUGAAGGGCAGGAAGAGAGAAAACAGAAAUGCCCUGCACUCGGGGAACUUCUGACCUGGGGUGGCUACUGAUUUUGACUGUCUUCUUCGUGGCUGAUGCUGACAAACCCCAAUGUCAGCCACCAGCUCACAGGCUGUGGAGGCUGACAAACCCCAAGAUCGGCAGGUCAGAUGUCAGGCCACUGGCUCACAGGCUGAGGAGGCUGACAAACCCCAAGAUCGGCAGGUCAGAUGUCAGGCCACUGGCUCACAGGCUGAGGAGGCUGACAAAUCUCAAGAUCAGCAGCUUCAACAAUUCAUUCGUGGAUGGAACGCAGAAGACGCAGAGCAAUUCGAUACCUCCCCAGGAAGUGAACACGUGGCGGUCUGUACUGGUGGGUACAAAGGCCAUGCUCACCUGCCGUCCCGUCCCACUGGAAACUCUGAUUGGAAUAACAUGGAAAAUUAUCUUCAGAGACAACACUUCCUGCACCAAAGCUUACAGGGAAGAUAAAAAUGCGACCAUGGAAACCAACUGUACUGACAAGAGAAUAACCUGGGCCUCCAGAGCUAACCAGAAUUUUUCCCUUCACAUUGAUCCAGUGGCCAUCACUCAUGAUGGGUAUUACAUGUGCAAAAUGGCAACAUCAAAUGGGAAUUUCCGUCAUGGCUACCACCUCCAAGUGUUAGUGCUCCCCCGAGACUACCAUGCGUUUAACUGAGAAUGGAACUGUGGUGUGCAAGGCAGUUGCGGGGAAGCCAGCUGCACAGAUCUCCUGGACCCCAGAGGGGGACUGCGUCACUGAGGAAAAAAAUCAGAGAAAUGGUACAGUG